AACGAAAAGAGACUACUAGCAGCGACUUAUUCAGUCAACUAGUCUCUCUGCAGGCAAUCGCCACGCGCUCGCUCCUCCUAUUGUUCCUAUUUAAUUAUAUUUAAUAUUGUUGGUUUAUAUUUAUAUGGAUUCGGUGAUUUUUUUUCCGGUGAUUGUGUGAUUGUGAUUAAGGUUACUCACCUGGUACCUGUUACCUGGAAAUCUUUAACUAAAUAUGAAAGUGAGGCCCUGCCCCUGAGGCGGGCCCGGACCCCCACUAGUGCCAGUGCAGUGAGUGUGGUUUAUUUUGUUAUAUAACUCAUUUUUAUUCACCUGAUGGCACCUGAAGCGAGGAUGAUAUGAGCACGCUUGGCAGACUAAGGAUGUCCUCUAAGAGGAAAUCGCCACCAACGAAGCUAUCGGAGGGCGGGGGCGGCGAGAAUACCGAGGAAACAGUGGCCUGCGAGGGAAGCGAGGGUGAGACUGAAAAAAGCAACCACAGAGAAGAGUUUUUUCCAAACCAGAGGGACUGUGAGUCCUCGGGGUGCUCUUCGCCGACGAUAAGCGAGCCAGAGUUCCAGGAUUCGCCUUCUCCAUCCCCCAAUUCCCCGCCACCCACCAAAAGACCGAGGAUUUACGUCGCCCAAGAGGCUUACACCCUGUCGGUGUCCAGUUUGGAGCCAGCUAGCUCUUCGGAGUGCGGGAGCCCGCCUACGCUUCACGAGUACUACCAGCAGCAUCCUCUGCUGAACAACAACAGCGUUACCCACAAUAACAACAACAACAACAACAACAACAACAACAACAACAGCAACAACGGCGCCAUUGUCCCGCCAAAAAGGUCCAUGGACGACGUUUUAAAGAGACUUACCUGCAAGAUGAACAGCGGAUCGCUUUCCCUUCAAGAUGAGGCCAGGAGGUCGCCACCCUUGACCGCUCCUACGAAUCACAACACGCAUAGCAGCGGAUACAACAGUAUAUCAAACAGCGUAGCAGCAUCACCACCUUCUGCAAGCAGAAGGACACCAACAACAACAAUAUCUUGCAGCAGUAGCAACACCACCAACACUACCACCACGGCAAUUACCGAGGGGUACCAAGACGGGGCGUUAGCGCUCCACCGCGUCCUCUGUGCGGAGUCAAACGCCGAAAAAGAGCGACGACUCGACGAGAUGAUAAAGCAUUUACAGCUGAUACGCGAGCAACUAUCACUCCAGCAGGAUCAAAAGCAUUAUCCACAUAUGGACGCCAAGCAGAUGGAGCUUCAGCGCGUGCAAAGCGAGCAGCUGAAGCGCCAGCAAGAGCAGAUGAUCCACCACCACAACAACCUCCAGGAGCUGCAGAACCAGAUUUCCAAGGGUCAGAUCAUGCCUAGCACCCAGUCCCUGAUGUUCCUUCCGUUUCUGGAGCAGCUUAGAGGGUUGCCAGUGUCCUCUAUGCCUCCACCCACCUCCACGGGGAACAAACAUAUCAACUCUAUUGCCAGUAUGAUCCAGCGUGAACCCCAAGGCUGGACCCCUCUAGAAAAAGAGCGGUCACCUACCCCCGUAGCAGCCGCUCCAACAACAGCACCCCUGCAAGAUCCCGACGCUCCGCUGAACCUGACCAAGCCCAAAUGUGCUGAUUCCUCACCCGGAGAAGGUAGCAGCAGUCAAGAGCAACCUCUGGCUGCUACUGCUCCGAAAUUGUUUCCCCCAGGGCUGCCAAUGCCCAGAAACUACCUUCCCAGUAUGCCCUACGCUGGUCUUCCUCCUCAUCUAGGGUCCAUGUCGUCGCCAAUAAUGGUAAAAGACGAACCUGGAGCAUCAGCAGCGUCCAGCGCAGCUGUGGAAAAGCACUUUGCUAUGCAUGGGAUCUACGGUUUGCAGUCCGGAGCAUCAGCAUCUCCGCAGCGACCAAUGAAACAGUUUUCUCGAGAAGAUGCGAUGUCUGAUGAUCAAGAUUUCUUGGCUAGCACCCACCUUUGGCGAGACCCAGGCUACAAGGUCCCAGAGGAUAUAACCGAAAAGGCGAAAAUGGUGCGCCAGCAGAAGCGAGAAAGUGAAAACAAGCCACACAUAAAGAGGCCGAUGAACGCGUUCAUGGUCUGGGCGAAAGACGAGCGGCGCAAGAUCUUGAAAGCCUGUCCUGACAUGCACAAUUCAAACAUAUCAAAGAUCCUGGGCGCCAGGUGGAAGGCCAUGUCUAAUUCGGAAAAGCAGCCGUACUACGAGGAGCAGUCCAGGCUGUCAAAGCUCCACAUGGAGAAGCAUCCGGACUACAGGUACCGGCCCAGACCCAAAAGAACCUGUAUCGUAGACGGCAAGAAGAUGAGGAUCUCCGAGUACAAGUCGUUGAUGCGUCAACGAAGGCAGGAAAUGAGACAGCUCUGGUGUCGAGAAGGCGGCCCUGAAAUGGGAUUCUUGAGUCCAGUUGGCGACAUGUCUCAUCCAGCUGGACCUGGUCCUUCAGCUGGCAGACCCUCGCCUUCUCCUCCAGUGAUGAUGAACGGAGCUGGACCCAGCCAGGAGCACUCCAGCUUCUACUAUCCCCAGGACAGUCUCUCUCCCGGAGACAUGAUGGACUUUUCUCCUGACAAUUCCGGGUCCAUCAGCGGGUACGACGCCAGUCCUAGACACCAUGAUGAGGAUUGAACCUCGGCUCCGGGUCAGCCGAUCUGGCAACCCGGAGCGUCUAAACUCACGCGCGAACUAUUCUGGUAAAAGUGCCAUUGAACAAAAAAUUUAUCGAGGAUUUAAUACUUGACUGACACCAAAGGAUUGCUGAUUUAGAAAUUAAUAAUGGCGAUCACCAGUUGAGGAAAAUUAGAGGUGUGGUUUGUUCUGUUCUGGAAUGUCAUAUAGGGAAUUUAUAAUCAAAACAUGUUUAAGACUAUUCAUAGGAAGGGUACUGAGUACUUCUAUGGUCUAACUUAUUUUAUUUUGACUGUAGGACUUUAAAGAGUUGGUGGUUAUUUUUAUUAAAUUUUCCGAUGGGUUUUUAGUAAUUUUUUUAUUAUUACAUCGAAUUUUUCUAAAUUUUC